CAAAACGCUAACCCCCCACGAGCGAAUAAUAACCGGAAAUUCCCCCAAACGCUCCGGCAGACUUCAAACUCAUUCUCUCCGACAGAGAGGACAGCGAAACGCGGUCGGAUCUCUUCCUUCCUCACACGGUUGCCGAUUCUUCAUUUCCAGUCGCUAGCUACACCAAAGCCAAGAAAAGCAUAUCACCAAUCGCAAGUCAGAGAGUGAGAGACUGUAGAAAUAUAAAAUAGGAAUGGAAGAAGAAGAGGAAAAUGGGCCGUACUCUUCAAUCUUUGAAAGAAUCGAUUCUCUCUUCUUCCAACUUCUUCUCUUCUUUGUACAAUAACUUGUCUUUCUUUGCUUUUGGAGUUUGGAAUCUGGUCUAUGGCAUGGAAGAAGCUUUGUACCGGCAUCGACGAAACUACUACGGCCCCGAAUCCCUAUUACAGAUGGAAUCCUCCCUUUCUCUUUCCUUGCAACUACAACGGAUGGGAAUUCCCUCUCUUUUCGCAUCCGUCUCUCUCCUUAUCCUCUGCAUCAUCUUCUCCGAAGGCCUUGUGACAGUGCAGGCAUUUACUGGAACUUAUGGAAUAAACUAUGGCAGGCUUGCUGAUAAUAUACCUCCGCCUGAAAGUGUAGUUACACUUCUUAAAGCAGCAAAGUUAAAGAAUGUUCGGAUUUAUGAUGCUGAUCCCAGUGUUCUCCAGGCAUUCAAGGGAUCUGGUCUUGAAUUAGUGGUUACAAUUCCCAAUGAGAUAUUGAAAGAUAUGAGCGUGAGUGAAGAUCGUGCCAUGAGCUGGGUGAAAGAAAAUGUUCAGGCAUUUCUGCCAGAUACCCAUAUCCGAGGUAUCUCUAUUGGGAAUGAGAUAUUGGGGCUUACAGAUCUGGAAAUACAGGAAUCUCUUGUGGGUGCCGUCAAGAACGUCUACAAAGCAGUCGAUAGGCUUCAGUUGAAGGAUUUGGUUGAGGUCUCAACACCACAUUCACAGGCUGUGUUUGCCAAUUCUUUUCCUCCAUCAUCAUGUACUUUCAAUGAUAACAUCAUUCAGUACAUGAAGCCCCUUUUGGAGUUCUUUUCACAGACGGGGGCUCCUUUCUACAUCAAUGUGUACCCAUUUCUGGCCUACAGCAAUGAUCCCAAGAAUAUCGAUAUUAAUUAUGCCCUUUUCCAGUCAAAUCCAGGAAUCCAUGAUGCAAAGACCAAUCUACACUAUGACAACAUGUUCGAUGCUCAGAUAGAUGCGGCUUAUGCCGCUUUGGAAGCCGCUGGUUUUGAAAAGAUGGAAGUCCGAGUUUCUGAGACGGGUUGGGCUUCUAAAGGGGAUGAUGAAGAAGCAGGGGCAACAGUUCACAAUGCUAGAACUUAUAAUUAUAAUCUGCGGAAACGGCUUGCCAAGAGGAAGGGGACUCCACUCAGGCCGAAGAUUGUGGUGAAGGCAUAUGUCUUUGCAUUGUUCAAUGAAAAUUCGAAACCAGGAAAAACCUCAGAGAGGAACUUUGGACUGUUCAAGGCUGAUGGGAGCAUCGCAUAUGAUAUUGGAUUUACCGGACUCAAGCCUUCAGCUGCAUCCGCAUCUCUUUUCUCUCUGAAGGAUAUUCGCGCUCGAGGUUGGGCAGGGGCCUUAGGUCCCUACUCCAUAACUCUAACAAUGUGUGCUGCUGUGCUGUUUCUGGUUUGAUAUCAUAAUAAAAUUGGAGGUUUGGAGCUCCCAACCGACUAUUUUUUAUUUUUAUUUUUUAUACAACCAAACUGGCCACGGAAUUGCUCAGAUCAGGGUCCAAUGUUCUUCAUCGGGAAUGUUCUCAGGUAACAAAUAUUUCAUGUAUCAUCCAUUCAUCUGAUCAAUAUACAGCCGUCCCUCUUGAAAUAUUUGUGACUAGAAAUUACAGAUUAUUUUAGUUGAGAAAUACACAUGGAUGCCUAGUCAAAACAGGAUCAUUUCAUUUUCA